AUGAGUAACGUAAAUUUGGAAUCAAUUCCACAGGAAUUGAAGAAUGACAAGUCAGUGGUACCAUAUGUUUCGAGGGCAGUUGAAUUAGAGUCAAUAAAUCCUAUAGUGAGCUUUUAUUGUAAGAUUUAUGUGCUAGAGCACAUUCUCGCUAAUAAGCUCCAUGCCAAGGAUAAGGAGGUCGAGAAGUUUACAAUUAUGUUAUUAGAUGAUACAGAACAACUCAAGGCUACUGAAAAUGAAUCUUUGCAUAAGGUUUUAAACGAUAAGACCCUUUCACUCAGUGCAGUGAUGUCUUUUGCCUACCAGAUAUUCAACCAAUGUCUACAAGACUUGCAACGAUACGAUGGAACCACGAAGCUGCAAUUGGUAAGCAAAUUCAAGGCAGGUUUAAAUUUCAUGAAUUUACUUAGCAUUUUCACCAAUUCAGCGGACGUAAUUGACUAUUCAAAGUUGACCGGAGGUAAGGCCGUCGAUUCUGGCAGCUUUGCGGAGUUGAAUAAGAGCAAAAUCAAAUUAUUGAAGUUCCAAUUAUCCAAGAUAUUGAAGGACGAAGUGGCGGUCCAAGACGAUGACUUGGAGGCCGAAUUAGACCGUGAGUUAGAAAAUAUGAACGAUAACGGGAAGGAUGUUGUUGGAAACACAGAGGACGAUGCAUCAGUAGACAAAGAUUUGGGUUUGCCAGGGGCACCCAAAUUUAUCAAUGAAGAUACAAAAGAUAACGAAUUGGGUUUACCAGAAACCCCUAAAUUUGUUGACGACAAUAAUAAUGAAGAUGAAUUGAAUGGGAAAAACAAAACCGAGGAUAAGGAUACAAGCAACGACGCGAACGAAGAUGAAGAUAUCAGUCUACCCAAAGCCCCUCAUUUUCCUCCUAACGAUGAAGAUGAAGACGAAGAUAUCAAAUUACCAGGAGCACCUAAAUUUUUACCCGAUAACGAUAUAUCGCAUAUCAACAAGUCAUCAUCUAUUCAAGUAUUUCCACCUGGAAAGCCGGAAGACGACAAUAAAUCAAAACAUGCCUCUUCCAACGAUCGUUCACAUAGUUCGUCUAGUAUUCCUCUUUCCAAGGCCACAGCCAAGGAUGCAGCCAAGCCGCAAAAACCCACUUCUCCCCAGCACGAGCAUCUUACCAAGGAAAACGUAUCUUCGAUAGUUAGCAAGGCCGACCAGAUAACAAAGAUCCAAAAGCACGCCAAGUUUGCCAUUUCAGCCUUGAACUACGAAGACCUCGACACCGCCGAACGCGAAUUGCUCCAGGGGCUUGAACUUCUCAGGGCUGUUAAAGACUAG